AUGGCCAGCAUCCGAUCCAUCAGGGCUCUCGCCCGCCCAGCUAUGCAACUCCGCCCAGCUGUUACCGUCUCCGCCAUCCAAGCUCGACUUCACUCCUCCAAGCACCCCAAGAACUUUGUCGCCCCUGCUGCUGACGAGCUUGAGGAGCUGCGUGAGCGCGUCCAAGAAUUCACUCGCCGCGAAAUCACAGAGGAGGUUGCUGCCAACACUGACAAGACCAAUGCCUUCCCCAACGAGAUGUGGCAAAAGCUGGGCGAUGCUGGCUUCCUCGGCAUCACUGCUGACGAAGAUGUCGGCGGUCUCGGCAUGGGCUACCAAGCGCACUGUAUCGUCAUGGAGGAGCUUUCUAGAGCCUCGGGCUCCAUUGCUCUAAGCUAUGCCGCUCACUCCCAGCUCUGCGUCAACCAGAUCCAGCUCAACGGCUCGCCCGCACAAAAGGAAAAGUACCUCCCCGGCUUGAUUGCUGGUACCAGUAUUGGUGCCCUCGCCAUGUCUGAGUCCGGCUCUGGUAGUGACGUUGUCAGCAUGCGCACCACCGCCAAGGCUGUCGACGGCGGCUACGUCCUCAACGGCUCUAAGAUGUGGAUUACCAACGGCCCCGACGCCAACGUCAUUGUCGUGUACGCCAAGACAGAGCCCGAGAAGGGCUCCAAGGGCAUCACUGCCUUCCUUGUUGAUACAACGACCGAGGGCUUCAGCUGCGCCCGCAAGCUCGACAAGAUGGGAAUGCGCGGCAGCAACACUGGCGAGCUCAUGUUCGACAACGUCUUUGUUCCCAACGAGAACGUCGUUGGCGAGAUUAACAAGGGCGUUCGCGUCCUGAUGGAAGGCCUUGACCUCGAGCGCCUCGUUCUCAGUGCCGGACCUCUUGGUCUGAUGCAGGCUGCUCUCGAUGUCGCCCUUCCCUUUACACACCAGCGCAAGCAGUUUGGACAGCCCAUUGCUCACAACCAGCUUGUCCAGGGUCGCCUAGCUGAUAUGCAUACCAAGCUCCAGGCUUCGCGAGCAUACACAUACGCCACAGCUCGUGCUGUUGACGAGCAGGGUUCCAUCCGCACUGAGGACUGCGCUGGUGCCAUUCUGUACGCUGCCGAACGCGCCACUGAGUGUUCGUUGGACUGCAUUCAAUUGCUGGGUGGCAUGGGCUACGUCGAGGAGAUGCCUGCCUCUAGAAUAUUGAGAGAUGCCAAGCUGUACGAGAUUGGUGCCGGAACCUCGGAGAUUCGACGCAUGGUAAUCGGCAGAGCGUUCAACAAGAAGUACGCCAAUGUAUAA